CGGACAAGUAGGAGGGGAGGGAGACACUGAGGCGGACAAGAUGGCUGCGGCAGCCGCACAGGGCGGGAGAGCCGGUGGUGGCGGCGGCAGUGGUGGGUCUGGCGGUGGUCCCAGCUGCGGGACAGGCAGUAGCCGCAGCGGUUUAUUGGAUAAGUGGAAGAUUGAUGAUAAGCCUGUAAAAAUUGAUAAAUGGGAUGGAUCAGCUGUGAAAAAUUCUUUGGAUGAUUCUGCCAAAAAGGUACUUCUGGAAAAGUACAAAUACGUGGAGAAUUUUGGUCUAAUUGACGGUCGUCUCACCAUCUGUACCAUCUCCUGUUUCUUUGCCAUAGUGGCUUUGAUUUGGGAUUAUAUGCACCCCUUUCCAGAGUCGAAGCCGGUUUUAGCUUUGUGUGUUAUAUCCUAUUUUGUUAUGAUGGGGAUCCUGACCAUUUAUACCUCAUAUAAGGAGAAAAGCAUCUUUCUCGUGGCCCACAGGAAAGAUCCUACUGGGAUGGAUCCUGAUGAUAUUUGGCAGCUGUCCUCCAGUCUCAAAAGGUUUGAUGACAAAUACACUCUGAAGCUGACCUUCAUCAGUGGAAGAACAAAGCAACACCGGGAAGCCGAGUUCACCAAGUCCAUUGCUAAGUUUUUUGACCACAGCGGGACACUGGUCAUGGAUGCAUAUGAGCCUGAAAUAUCCAGGCUCCAUGACAGUCUCACCACAGAAAGAAAAAUAAAAUAGCCAAUUAUAAAAUAGCUGUCUUCUGCUAGAUCAUGCCGAAUGAUGGGGGGCUGAGGGAGAAAGAAGCAGAGAACUUAAAGUAAGAAAUGUUAAACAUGUCCCUGAUUUGUCCUGAAAUUUCAGUCCAUUCUGGAUAAAUAGGAUUUUCUAGCUCAGAUAUGAGAAGUUGUAGCUCUAAUAUCCAGCUGUAGCCUCCUUGGUCUGCUAACUGCAUUGUUUUGAUUUGCUUUUCUGGAAAAGCAUUUUUGCUAGAGGUCGUGCAGACUUCCUCCUUCAUUCCCAGCAGUACUUUAUGUAGUAUAGCUUUGUGCCAUGCAGCAUAUGAAGACACAGUUUUUAAAAUUGUUAACCUGUUGCUGACUUUGUGUUAAUUCCUGUUUCAAUAGCAUUUCCUUUAAUUCUGGAUACAACUUCUUGUGUAUUACAGCUUUCCUUCACACACCAUUUUUGUGGGUGUGUAUGUAUUUGACUUGGGGAGAAUUGGAAAAAAAACAGCAUUUAAAUUUGUUUCAAACAGACCUUCUGCCUGUUACAUUUUGUGCUCUUAAACCAAUUAAAGAAGCCAGUGGUA